AUGAUUGAUUCUGGCGAAGGCAUCGACUGGGCAACUGGCGAAGCUUUGGCCUUUGGCACGUUGGCAGUCGAGGGGCAUCCGAUUCGCCUUUCCGGCCAGGACUGCGAGCGCGGCACGUUCUCGCAGCGCCACUCGGUGCUGUACGAUCAGCGCGAUGAAAAGCGCUUCAUUCCGCUCAACAAUUUGAGCGAGGAUCAAGCGCGCUAUGAGGUCAUCAACUCGAUGCUCUCAGAGGAAGCUGUGCUUGGGCCGGAGCACUCUUCGGCGCGCCUUGAGCGCUUUUUGCAGAUGUGCGCUGAAGACAAUAUGCAGAUCGCCAACUGCACAACACCAGCAAACUAUUAUCACGCGCUGCGCCGCCAGCUGAAACGCGACUUCCGCAAGCCGUUGAUCUUGAUGACGCCCAAAAGCCUGCUGCGCAACAAACGCGCAACAUCGCGUUUGCACGAGUUCGGCCCGGACAGCACCUUUCACCGUGUCCUUUGGGACGAUGCCGAAGUGUUCAAGGAUGAGCCCAUUCAGUUGGUGAAAGACGACAAAAUCCGGCGCGUCGUGCUCUGCUCCGGCAAGGAUGCGGUCGAAGGCGACACCAAGAAAGGUGGCACGCUGGUUGAUGUCAUCACGCCGAGCGCUGGCGAGUCCGUGACCGAAGCCGACGUUGGCGAGCUUUCGGUGAAGGUUGGCGACACCGUGAAAGCCGAUGAUAUCUUAUUGGAGCUAGAAACCGACAAAGCAGCCCAGGAGAUACCAGCCCCAGUAUCCGGUGUGAUUGCUGAAAUCGCCGUUAAAACCGGCGACACGGUUCAGCCCGGCGACCUGCUGCUGAAAAUCGAAGAAGGCGGCAAGGCCUCAUUGGAUCGCUCAGCGAGCGCCGAGACAUCGCCAGCCAAAACCAAUGAAGCACGCAAACCUGAUACAGCACCCCCACUGGAUGUGACCGAGAUGUCACCGGCGCCGUCAGCAAGCCGGAUGAUGGCCGAAACCGGCGUCAGCGUGGCGGCAGGCACAGACCAUCGCCCGCCGCUUGAAAGACGCCCAGAACAGCGCGGCCAUGCUCACNGCGUGAAGCUUGGCUUCAUGGGCUUCUUCACCAAAGCGGUCACCCAUGCGCUCAAAGAAAUUCCAGCUGUGAACGCUGAGAUCGAUGGCACCGAUAUCAUCUACAAAAACUUUGCGCAUAUUGGCGUCGCGGUGGGCACCGACAAGGGCCUCGUAGUGCCGGUAGUGCGCGAUGCCGAUCAGAUGUCGAUUGCAGAAAUCGAAAAAGAAAUCUCACGCCUUGGCCUGGCCGCUCGCGAUGGCAAGCUGGGCAUGGAUGACAUGCAGGGCGGCAGCUUCACGAUUUCCAAUGGUGGCGUCUAUGGCUCGCUCAUGUCCUCGCCGAUCUUGAAUGCACCACAGUCAGGGAUCUUGGGCAUGCACAAAAUCCAGGAGCGCCCGAUGGCCGUGAACGGAGAAAUCGUGAUCCGCCCGAUGAUGUAUCUGGCGCUUUCCUAUGAUCACCGCAUUGUCGACGGCAAAGAAGCUGUCACCUUCCUGGUGCGCGUCAAAGAAAGCCUGGAAGACGUGCAACGACUGGUUUUGGACCUUUAA